UGGGACGCCCAGAUCGUAUGUUGUCAGUGAGAAUUUUGUCAUUAUUUCCGUAAAACAGAGUUUCAAAUCUGUUUUGUUUGUGACAUUUGGAUGCAGGAAAUACUCUACAAGAUGAAUGGUGUAAAAUUUUACAGCAGCAGUUACGAUAGUGACUCCAGUGAUGAGGAUGGAACAGAUCAAGAAUACGACAGCUUCUCCCAAAAUGAUCCAAAUGGCAAAAAACUCAUCAAUAGAGGGCGUUGGAGUAAAGAUGAGGAUGAGACUUUACGUCAAACCAUAGACAAGUACGGGUCUGAAGACUGGAAAUAUAUCGCUAGUUUCUUUCCUGAUCGUUCUGAGAUGCAGUGUUAUCAUCGUUGGCAGAAAGCUCUAAAUCCAGAUCUUGUGAAAGGACCGUGGACUAAGGAGGAGGAUGAUAAAGUGACUCAACUCGUCAAGCAGUAUGGACCAAAACGCUGGUCACUAAUAUCCAAAUUUCUCAUCGGCCGUAGUGGGAAGCAAUGUCGAGAAAGGUGGCACAAUCAUCUUAAUCCUGACAUUAAGAAGAGUGCCUGGACACAAGAUGAGGAUAGGAUCAUUUAUGAUGCUCAUAAACGUCUUGGGAACCGCUGGGCAGAGAUCGCUAAGCAGCUUCCAGGAAGAACGGAUAAUGCUAUCAAGAAUCACUGGAACUCCACAAUGAAGAGGAAAGUAGAGACUCAGAAUCCAUACACACCUGUUAAGCAACAUCCGUUGAGCAAUCAGAUUACUUUGGUGUAUCCAGACUCUGCUAGUUCAUCCAUGACGGAUUCAGAUAUGAUGAAGAGCCAAGGAUCGUCUCAUGGAUUGAGUCAUGUGUUGCAACCUCUCCAUAGCAACACAUUAGCCAAUCAGAAUGCAGGAAGUAACCUUUGGAUGUCCCCACAACGUCCGAUAUCCAAUAGGAAUACAGAAGACAACUUGAUGUACUGGAUGGUUCGUGACGAAGAGGUCUUGACCCCACUAAGGGGUAUUCCUGAUUUCACGGAUCCUACUCGUCUCUUGGAGCUUAACACAGAUUUUGAUUUGAUGCUGAAUAAUGAUGAAAAUGACGCUACACCAACUGUUCACAAGGCCAGCACAGGUUACCAUUUUGACAGCCAUGCUAUAUCCGAGUUAUCAAGAGGAAGUUAUGGGACUCUGAUUCCAAUCACGUCACCAGUUACCUCCAAGUUCAGCACGCCUCCUACCAUCUUGCGCAAGAGUAGACCUAGACUUCGCUCUAGGCGUAUUCUUGAGAGUAGUAUUAUGACCACACCCAAUGGCACACCCAUCAAGAGCUUACCAUUCUCACCAUCAAGGUUCUUGAAUAUUGAUGGAGCUGAUCAAGUUGAUGUAUGCCAGCAGAUGUUGACCUCCACACCGGUCAUCAAAGGUCAACAUGAAACCACGCCCAAUAUGUACGCUACUGGUACACCAGUCAGUAGAUAUUUCCGAACCCCGAAUAAUGCCAAACGAUCUCUGUUAGAGUCCACGCCAAGAACGCCCACGCCGCUCAAAAAUGCUCUGGCAGCUUUAGAGAAGAGAAGUGGAACAAGUAAAUUCAUGCCAUGUACUCCGGGUCAACUUGAAGAUAUAUCUGAGAUCAUUAAGCAAGAUAUUGGAAGUUGGUCCUCGAUGAAACGAGUCUCUGUUAGAGUUUCUGUGACUGAUUCUCCUAAUAAGCGUGUUCGUAAAUCACUGACGGAAGAAAUGGCUUCAGAAACGGACCUAAGCUCAAGUCACUUUGCAGAUGAUGAGCAAAGUCACAGUUUACUCUCAGAUUCCCUGUUGAUGUCUCCACCAAUGAGUUCAAUGACGUCAACGUCUGGAACGGCAUUCAACAACGCCUUCCUUUUACCGGCUACAUCCCCAGUCAAGAUGACGAGUAAACUAUCCAAGAAUAGAAGUAAACACUCGCUGCAUGAAACUCCGUUUAAACCUCCGAUGCUUGAUAAAGAGUGGGAGAAGAUUGUUUGUGGUAAAUCGGAGGACCAGAUCUUCAUGACAGAAGCAGCUCGCAAGAUCUUACGCUCUUGUCGUCCUCGAUCUCUCAAUCUCUAAACUUCCUCGCUCUCUCAACUUCUUAACUUCCUCGCUCUCUCAACCUCUUAACUUCCUCGCUCUCUCAA